GUCACGUGAGGCCGCGCCGCGGGGACCACAGAGAUGGGCCGCUUCCGGACGGCCUAGAGGGGCGUUCGACGCCCGUGCUCGGUUCCGUAUCGGCAUUCGGAGACUCACCUCUUGGGGUUUUGAGGAGAACAGGCUUGGUUCAGGCGAGUUCUUCCUGCUAGUCUCGUCCGGCGCCAGCUUCCUCGCUUUCCUUAGCGAUUCGUCAGCACCCCGCCCCUGAACUCGCCUCUCUGACCCGGUGCUCGGGUGUUUGGGCCUCGCAGAAGCCGCCGAGGUGGCUGCGGGGCCUCCUAGAGCCCUGGUCAAGUCCCUUGCCCACCGAGGCGUGAUCCUCUUUUUUGUCCUAAAGAAGUUGGCCCAACUGCCUCCCGUGCCCGCUUUUAAGGUUCUUGCUCUUCCAAACCCAGAAGACAGUGCACGGAGCCAGGGAACAUCAGCCAUGCUCCAAACCACUUGGCCUCAGGAGCCAGUGACCUUUGAGGAUGUGGCCGUGUACUUUACCCAGAACCAGUGGGCCAGCCUGGAGCCUGUGCAGAAGGCCCUGUACAGGGAGGUGAUGCUGGAGAAUUAUGCAAAUGUGGCUUCCCUGGAAGCACUUCCAUUCCCUACACCUGUUCUGAUCUCCCAGCUGGAGAGAGGGGAAGCACCAUGGGGCCCAGAUCCCUGGGAAGCAGAGAUUUUGAGAGGCAUCUGUCCAGGUGGUGAGUCCUGGACUAAGACAGAAGAGCCAGUGGUAAAGCAGGAAGCCCCUGAAGAAACAGAGGUGCACAGCAUGCCAGUGGGAGGGCUUUUCAGAAACGUGUCUCAGCACUUUGAUUUUAAAAGCAAGGCACCAUGGCAGACUUUCAGUCUGAAUCCCAAUCUAAUACUUCGAGGUGGAAUGAAGUUCUACGAGUGUAAAGAAUGUGGGAAGAUCUUCAGAUAUAACUCAAAGCUCAUUCGGCAUCAGAUGAGCCACACUGGGGAGAAGCCCUUCAAAUGUAAGGAAUGUGGCAAAGCUUUCAAGUCCAGCUAUGACUGUAUCGUACACGAGAAAAAUCACAUUGGCGCAGGACCCUAUGAGUGUAAGGAGUGUGGCAAAGGUCUGAGCUCCAACACAGCCUUGACCCAGCAUCAGCGGAUCCACACGGGCGAGAAGCCCUAUGAGUGUAAGGAGUGCGGCAAGGCCUUCCGUCGGAGCGCAGCCUACCUUCAGCAUCACAGGCUACACACUGGGGAGAAACUCUAUAAAUGUAAGGAAUGUUGGAAAGCUUUUGGGUGUAGGUCACUGUUUAUCGCCCACCAGAGAAUUCACACCGGGGAGAAACCCUACCAGUGUAAGGAGUGUGGCAAGGCGUUCACCCAGAAGAUUGCUUCCAUUCAACAUCAGAGAGUUCACACCGGAGAGAAGCCUUAUGAGUGUCAGGCAUGUGGGAAAGCCUUCAAGUGGUACGGCAGCUUUGUUCAGCAUCAGAAAUUGCACCCCGUGGAGAAGAAGCCUGGCAAGGCGCUCGGGCAGUCCCUGCUGUGUCCCCAGGGCCCCUCUUCAGCCUUAGCUAACAUGCCUUUCCAGGGCCCCUGCUCUGCUCCGGCUGUGGCCAUGCCUUCACUGGCCUUGCCACACGCUGUCCUCAUUCCUGCCUCCAGGCCCGUGUUAAUGCUGCUGCCCGCCUCUGGAGUCCCUUCUUCUCCUGUCCAAAUAGUACGAGUCUUCCAGGGUCUUCCUCCCACUGUGAAGCCUUCCCCAGUUAUUCUGACCCCUUCUCUUCACCCCUCGUGAGCUCUGUCUUGGCACUUCUCUGGCUGUUACACACAGCAGAUCUCCAACCUAACUUAAGCUUGAUUUGUGGCUUUUACACCGUACAUGUGUUACGGCUGUUUCGGCAUAAGCGCCAUUGUAAUCGAGAUAUAUUUAAAGACUGUGCUUGUAUGAUAUUUUCUGUUUAUUUCUGGGUAGAAAAUGGAAAUACUUGACCUUCAUUUUGGUCCCUUUCAGACUUGAACAGUAACGGCUGUGUCUGCAUUGUGGGGCUGCUGGUGGUCGAAGUGCUAAUAGGACGCUUUGGUGAAUUAGGGACGUUUGAGAGAGAGGACAUCCCUGUAUUAGGCCCCUGUGAUUAGAGAGAAGCAGCCUGGGAGAAACAGAGGAGGCAUUUAAGACCUGUCAGAGUUGAGAAUUGGAAUGAGCUUCCAACCAUGGCCUUUAGAAAUGAAUGCAGAUUGUUCAGUGGGUGAAGGUGUGGUGUAUUCAUGCAGUUGAAGUUGGGUUGCUAUUGACACAGAUCAUUGAGGAUCUUGUACGUCUCUGCAAAAGAUCAUUUGAAAUAACCAGUUUAAAAAAAAAGAAAACAUACAGUGAUAACAAUCAUUUAUAUGAUGAAUAGCAAUCAUGUCUUUAAACAUGAAGUUGUUUUUUUUUAAUCUUUAGUUUUGCUCUGAUAUCUAGAUGUUUCCUUGUAACUUCGGUUUCCUAAGUAAAUAUACACCAAGGCAUUCAUCUUUGCUCCAUCUGUUGCAUAAAUUUUUCUUGGUGUGCAUUCUGGUUUCCUGUUUGCAAGCACUGGUUUCUACAUUGACUUUUCUCCAAAUUGUAAACAUGAACUUUGGCAAAUUACUAAAGAAAUAGGAGCAACCGAUUUGGGGGAAAUCUGAAUAUGCCUGCAGAAUUGUAUUUUAGGAAUAAAGAGGGCUAUGUAACGGGUCAGUGGUUAAGCUUAUGUGACAGGUUAGUGAAGUGGAAUUUUGGAUUGCUCUUGCUUUUGACCUUAGGUGAGAACCUUUUAUAACUGUGCAAAGGACUGUGUGAAGUAAUUCCUGGAAAAAGAACUUGAGUUAUGCGUUACAGGCGCACCUUGUUUUAUUGCGCUUCACUUUAUCCAUUUCGCAGAUAACUUGUUUUUUACAAAUUGAAGGUUUGUGACAAAACUGCAUUGUUGGAUAAUGGUUAAGAGUUUUUAGCAAUAAAGUAUUUUUUAAUUAA